UAUAAUACACAUAACAAAAAUGUCCGCGCUCCUCUUUUACCUAAUUUUCACGUUCACCUCCACAACGGCCAAUGGAGCGAAGACUACUCCGAGGUAUUUACAAAAAAUGAAAUGUGGCGAUUGUGAAUCUCAAGAUCACUGCCAGAUCGAGACUUCUGGUUAUUUUUGUCCGGACCAGUUCGACAGAAUUGAGAUUCAGUACAAUCCGGACGGCAAUUUAUCGAAGGGCUUGGAACACUUGACGAAAUGCGUGGCUCCAAAUUAUUAUUUUUAUAACAAAAAAGAAAUCAGCCAAAUGUGCUGCUUCUGGACACCUAAGAUGGGUUGUCAGCAACUACUAAAUAAAGGCUAUUCAAAAAAACCGCAUUGCUCUGCAUGUACCUCAUACGGGGAAGAUGGUUGUCCAUGUGGGCCGAGUUGCGGUGGAGGAAAACUUUGUAACAUCAACUCUUUCAUUAUCGUUCUUAUGUGUACGAUACUAAGCAAUUAUAUAUAUAUAUAAUUAAAUGAA